AUGGGUGUCUCAUUAUCGCGCCUCUGGACCUUCUUCUGGUCCAAGAAGGAGAUCCGGAUACUGAUCCUUGGACUUGAUAAUGCUGGAAAAACAACACUUCUGUACAGAUUGAAGAUCGGAGAAGUAGUCACCACGAUACCCACAAUUGGCUUUAACGUCGAGUCGGUGACAUAUAGGAAUUUGAACUUCAACGUCUGGGAUCUCGGAGGCCAAACGUCCAUUCGACCCUAUUGGCGAUGCUACUAUGCCAAUACAGCUGCUGUCGUCUUCGUCAUCGACUCUACGGAUAUUGAACGGUUAGGCACCGCCGCGGAUGAGCUUGCAGCUAUGCUCAAUGAGGAAGAGCUUCGUGAUGCAGCCUUGUUGGUGUUUGCCAACAAGCAAGACCAGCCUGGUGCCAAGGGUGCGGGGGAGAUUUCAGAGGCUUUGAAGUUGGGUGAGCUACGAGAUAGGAACUGGAGUAUCGUGGCGUGCUCUGCCAUUGAUGGGAAAGGUCUCAAUGAGGGCAUGGAUUGGUUGGUGGUGAGUCUCCUUUCCCGACUUGGACAGCUCGUCCAGGCACUGAUCGGUGUUGCACGCAGCAAACACUUCAAUCGGAAAAUGCAUAAGCGCUGGUAUCAUUGUGUGAUGCUAUAG